AACCAUUCAAUAAUUUUAUGCCCAUUAAUAUUUUUCUAUAAUUAUGCAUUUCCAAUAAUAUUUUGAAAACCGCACAUUUCACACCCUUCAUUCUUGAAUAUGUUGGGUUUUGCUUGGGUGGAAUUGAAUCCGCAUUUACGGAAAAGGAAAAAUCAAAUGAAAGGCUCUUUAUUGAGAAGAAUCUCGUUCCGCGCUCAAACUCUUCUCUCUCCUUCCUCGCUGCUCCCACUUGCCGCCUCGACUCACUCCACACUCGCCUUUUACUGCUCCGAUCCAUCCAAUUCUUCUAAGGGACAGAUCUCCGAUGAUGACGCUAGUGAUAGCCAAGAUCUAAAAAAGAAAAUAGACGCAUACCUAGAGGGGGAUGAGGAGGCGAUACCGUCGAUAUUCGAAGCGAUUCUAGAGCGACAAUUGGCGGGGUUGGUGGGAAAGCAUGAUGUGAGGAAGGAUGAGAAUGAAUUGGUUGAACAUAUUGGGAAGAAACCACUCAAACAAGAGCCAGAAACAGAGAGUGAUGAGUGAUGUUUGAGGAAGAAAAAAUUAUGUGGUGAAAUUGUUGCAAUAUUUUAUAAUGAUAUAUAUUAAAAAUCAAUUUGUCAUAACUAAUUGAUUUUUUAUUCAUUUAAUAUAUUAAAAUUAAUGCUCA